AUGCUGUCGGUUUUGGCAGCCCUGCUCACCUUGGCCACUGCGAUCAGCGCGUGGCCGAGCACGUCCUCCAACUCUACUGGUAUCAAACUGCAGAAUGGCUUCGAGCGCGUCUACAUCCAACCCUUCGGAAACAAUGGCAUCCGAGUACGCGCAAGUCUCAUGCGCGACCCCUCGGGGAACGAACUUUCCGCCCUCCUCGACCCGCCGCUCGAAGGCCCCGGCGGGAACCAGGGGCUCGCGUACGACCAGCUCAUUGGGUACCAGGGCAACGCCUCGUUCCAGAACGGCAACCUCAUCGUGCAGGUCAACCUCGGCGUCAUCUCGUUCUACCGCGCCGAGACGAACGGCUCGCUCUCGCUCCUGACGCAGGAGUUCACGGACGACAAGGCGCUGUACUCGCGGUACUACGUCCAGGAAUACAAGUCGCCGAGCUUCCAGGCGCAGUUCUCCUUCACGAGCGAUGCGGACGAGCAGUUUUAUGGGAUGGGGCAGCAGGCAUGUUGCAAGGAUACGUCUGUCAAUAAGAAGGGGCAGAGUAUUGACCUCAUCAACUUUAACUCGUUUGUGCCUAUUCCGGUGUACAUGUCGAACAAGGGGUAUUUGCAGUUUUUCAAUAUGCCCAGUCAGGGUAGAAUGGAAUUCAGUCCCAUUCGGACACGUUUCAUCAGCAGCGAGGCGACAGCUGUCGACUACUGGAUUACGACGGCAGAGCCUGGCGACUAUGACACCCUUCAGGAGCAGUAUACUGCUGUCACGGGACGUCAACCCACCCCACCGGACUUCAUCCUUGGCUAUCAGCAGUCAAAGCUCCGAUACUGGAAUCAGACUCAAGUCAUGGACCUCGCCCAAGAGUUCCACGACAGGCAGGUGAACGUGUCCAUGAUCGUCGUCGACUUUUUCAACUGGAAGUACCAGGGCGACUGGGCGUUCGACCCGGAGUACUGGUCCGAUCCCGCAGAGAUGGCCUCAUUCGUGAAGAACAUGACCGGAGCGGAGAUGAUGGUGUCACUAUGGCCCAGCGUCGAAGAUCUGUCUGACAACUACAUCGCUCUCCAGGAGCAAGGCUUGCUGGCCACCACCCGCGAUGGAACGGGUGUCACGGAUUCGUUCGCGGGGGUCUACACGCGCCUUAUUGACUCUACGAACCCGGCCUCUCGAGAGUUCCUCUGGAAACAGCUGAACGAGAGCUAUUUCUCGAAGGGCAUCCAUAACUUCUGGAUUGAUCAGGCUGAUGGUGGUACUCUCGGUGAAGCCUGGGAAAACAAUGGUCAGACCAUCAACCUCAUUCCCUAUGAAAGGGCCUCCGCCCAGUAUUUCAUCGGGACCCAAGAAGGCGCCGGGAAGAUGUACCCCUGGCUCCACCAGGCGGCCAUCAACGAGGGCUUGCACAAUCUGACCGGCCAGCCCAUUACGUCGGCGUCAUGCGACUACAUGUCGCUCACCAGGAGCACGUUCGCCGGCGGGCAGAGAUACUGCUCGUACCUGUGGAGCGGCGAUACGCUAUCCGAGUUCCCUGUUCUCCUCCAGCAGAUCACUAGCUCGGUAUCGGUUGCCGCGUCUGGGAUAUCGUCGUGGACGCUUGAUAUUGGUGGGUUUACGGGGUUGGAUAUCGAUACCGACUACGGUAAGGAAUUAUUCGUGAGAUGGUUUGGCAUGGGCGUUUUCCUUCCAUAUCCCUGGUCCUACGGCGAGGAAAACUUCGUCAUUAUCAAGAAGUAUAUCGACCUGCGCUACCAGCUUGUCCCCUAUGUGAGGGCGCUGUUCCAGCAGCUGCAGUACUCUGGAAGAACCAUUAUGCGCGCUCUCUAUUAUGACUUCUCUUUAUCGGACCCCUUCGUUGUGCAAGCAACCUCUGUCAACAACCCACUCGUCACUCAGCAGUACAUGUUUGGCCCGCGUCUAUUGGUGUCGCCUGUCGGCAUUCAGAACGCUACUACAAAGGAGGUAUAUCUACCUCGACUCACUGAGUCGAUGAUCUCUCAGAACUUCUCGUGGGUCCACUGGUGGACCGACACGGACUAUGGCCAGGGUGGUAACACAGUCACUGUCAACGCUCCGCUGGACGAAAUACCAGUGUUCUAUUUGGGUAGCAAAUCCGAUAUCUUCUCAGGCAGCGUGUUUUAG